GGAGAGGUCUGUGAACGUGUCGGAGCCAGAGACCCUCCAGUUGACUGUCAGUAACCUGAAGCCAGAGGAGACCUACUCCUUCAGAGUGGUGGCCUACAACGACUACGGCCCUGGAGAGAGAUCCGAGACACUCAAACUCACCACGCCGCCUGAGUUGCAGGUCCCCGGGCCGGUGGAGAACCUCCAGGUAGAGUCCAUCUCCCCCACCUCCAUCCAGGCCUCCUGGGACGCCCCGGUCUACGCCAACGGGCCCCUGCUGGGGUACAGACUGCUCUGGACCGAGACACCCUCUGGGAAGGAACAGAGUGUGGAGGUGAACGGGCAGAGUUAUAAGAUGGAGGGGCUGAAGAAGUUCACAGAGUACUCGUUGCGUGUCUUGGCACUGAACCGUUAUGGCCCUGGGGUCACCACAGAAGACAUGAGCAUCACCACGCUGUCUGAUGUGCCAAGUGCUCCACCACAAAACAUCUCCUUGGAAGUCGUCCUCUCAAGAAGCAUUAAGGUGAGCUGGCAGCCCCCUCCUCCCAACAGCCAGAACGGGUUCAUCACCGGCUACAAGCUCCGACACCGGAAGACCGGUCGACGAGGAGACCAGGAGGCCAUCGAACCUAACAACUUCUGGUACCUGUUCACAGGGCUGGAGAAAGGCAGUCAGUACAGUUUCCAGGUCUCUGCCAUGACAGCUAACGGCACGGGCCCGGCCAGCGAGUGGUUCACCGCCGAGACGCCAGAGAAUGACCUUGAUGAGAGCCAAGUCCCGAAUCAACCGAGUUCCCUCCAUGUUCGACCCCUGCCCAACAGCAUCAUCAUGAGCUGGACUCCUCCCCUCAACCCCAACAUCCUAGUACGGGGCUACAUCAUUGGCUACGGAGUAGGAAGUCCCUACGCCGAGACGGUCAGGGUGGACAGUAAGCAGCGAUACUACGCCAUAGAAAACCUGGAGCCGAGUUCCCACUAUGUCAUCUCCCUGAAAGCCUUCAACAAUGCAGGAGAAGGGGUCCCCCUGUACGAGAGCGCUGUGACCAGAUCUAUAACAGAUACAUCCACCCCCAUGAUCCCCCCAGUAGGUGUCCAGGCCGUGGCCCUGACCCCAGACUCUGUCAGGGUCAGCUGGGCAGACAACUCCAUGACCAAGAACCAGAAGACCACUGAGGUUCGCUACUACUCCGUCAAGUGGAAGACCAGCUACUCUACUAGUGGGAAGUUCAAGUCUGCAGACACAACAGCCCUCAGCCACUCGGUCACUGGCCUUAAGCCAAACACCAUGUACGAGUUCGCUGUCAUGGUUACCAAGGGCCGCAAGUCUAGCACGUGGAGUAUGACCGCUCAUGCCACCACUUACGAAGCAGCUCCCAGCUCCGCCCCCAAGGACCUGACGGUAAUCAGUCGUGAGGGGAGACCCAGAGCUAUUCUGAUUAGCUGGCAACCCCCCAUGGAGACGAACGGACGGAUCAUGGGCUAUAUCCUGUACUACACCCUGGAUAAGAACAUGCCUAUAGAUGACUGGGUAAUGGAGAGUAUCAGUGGAGACCGUCUGACCCACCAGGUGAUGGACCUGAACCUGGACACCGUCUACUACUUCAGGAUCCAGGCUAAGAAUGCCAAGGGAGUGGGUCCCCUGUCAGACCCCAUCCACUUCAGGACUAACAAAGUGGAACAUCCAGACAAGAUGGCCAACGAUCAAGGUCGCCAUGGAGAUGGCGGCUACUGGCCUUCUGACAACAACCUGAUUGAUAGGAGCAGUUUGAACGACAUUGGUCAGAUGCGUCCUCCUCACGGCAGCGUGACUCCCCAGAAGAACAGCAACCUUCUGGUCAUCAUCGUGGUCUCCGUCGGUGCCGUUACCGUGGUAGUGGUUGUCAUAGUAGCGCUGAUCUGCACCCGGCGCUCCUCCGCACAACAGAGAAAGAAGCGUGCCACCCACAGUACAGGGAAGAGAAAAGGUAGUCAGAAGGACCUGAGACCUCCAGACCUGUGGAUCCAUCAUGAGGAGAUGGAACUGAAGAACAUGGAGAAGCCUGCCAGCGCUGCCCCCUCCGGACGCGAUUCUCCCAUCCAGGGUUCUAUCCAGGAUAUCAGGUCUCAGUCUGUCAGUCACAGCCAAUCAGGGAGCCAGAUGGGCAGUAAGAGCAGCCACUCAGGUGGAGACAACGAUGAGGCUUCCAGCUGCAUCUCAACAUUAGAACGCUCUCUAGCUGACAGGAGGGCGACACGUACCAAGCUGUUGAUCCCCAUGGACUCUCAGCCAAGCAACACCACUGUUGUCAGUGCCAUCCCAGUGCCAACCCUGGAGGGCAGUCAGUACCCUGGCAUUCUGUCCUCGCCCACCUGUGGGUACAGCCAUGGUACUUUGACCACUCACCCCAAGUUCACCCUGAGACCGAUGCCCUUCCCCAGCCUCACCGUGGACCGCAGCUACACAGCAGCGAUAUCGACAGAGGGCAGCGCCACGCUGGGGGUACAGCAGACCUUGAUCAGCAGCAGCAGCAGUAAGCCAGGUGUAGGAGAGGAGGUCGGAGGUACCUCGACCCGUACCAUCCCCACCGCCUGCGUCAGGCCUACGCACCCCCUACGAAGCUUCGCCAACCCCCUCCUGCCUCCACCCAUGGGGACCAUCGACCCCAAGGUCUACACACCCAUGAUGCCACAUUCAAGUGAGUCCAAUGUAAGGGACUGGGUUUGA